AAGGACACGCCGCGCCGCGCCGCCGCAAUAGGGCCUCGGUCGCCCCGGUAACGCGCGUGUAGCAGGUUUCUGGCGAUGAGCGUCCGGCUCCUACAGGCUGCGCGGACUUGGGGCUGGGGCGCGGGCGCCCCCCGCGGGGCCUCGAACUUCCCGCUGCCUCCGCCGGGCGCGGUGGACGUGGCUGAGCUGCUGCGAGAUGCGACCACAGAGGAGGAAGGGGCCAGGGAGGAGGCGGCAGCGCGGCGGCUGCCGGGCCGAUGCUCGGUCCUGCUCUUCCCCGGCCAGGGCAGCCAGGUGGUGGGCAUGGGCCGCGGUAUGCUCCGCUACCCGCGCGUCCGCGAACUGUACUCCGCCGCCCGCCACGUGCUGGGCUACGACCUGCUGGAGCUGAGCCUGCACGGGCCGCAGGAGGCCCUGGACCGCACCGCGCACUGCCAGCCCGCUGUCUUUGUGGCUUCGCUGGCCGCCGUCGAGAAACUGCAUCACCUUCAGCCCGCGGUUAUUGAGAACUGUGUUGCUGCUGCUGGAUUCAGUGUGGGAGAAUUUGCAGCCCUGGUGUUUGCUGGCGCCAUGGAGUUUUCUGAAGGUUUGUACGCGGUGAAAAUCCGAGCUGAAGCCAUGCAGGAAGCUUCGGAAGCUGUCCCCAGUGGGAUGUUGUCUGUCCUUGGCCAGCCUCAGUCCAAGUUCAGCUUCGCCUGUUUGGAAGCCCAGGAGCACUGCAAGACUCUGGGCAUAGAGAACCCUGUGUGUGAGGUGUCCAACUACCUCUUCCCUGAUUGCAGAGUGAUCUCAGGACACCUAGAGGCUCUGCAGUUUCUCCAGAAGAAUUCCUCUAAGUAUCACUUUAGACGCACCAAGAUAUUGCCAGUUAGCGGCGGGUUCCAUACCCGCCUCAUGGAGUCAGCCUUGGAGCCCCUGGCGCAAGUUUUAAAGGCAAUUAAUGUCAAGGAGCCUCUGCUUUCUGUCCACUCAAACGUCAACGGGAAUAGAUACAUGCAUCCAAAGCACAUCCAGAAACUGCUGGUCCGGCAGCUGGUCUCCCCGGUGAAGUGGGAGCAGACCAUGCACGCCAUCUACGAGAGGAAGAAGGGCACCCCGUUCCCCAGAACCUUUGAAGUCGGGCCUGGGAAGCAGCUGGGCACCAUCCUGAGGAGCUGUAACCUGCAGGCCUGGAAGUCUUACAGUCACGUGGAUGUGCUGGAGGCUGACGAGGACCUGGACCAGGGCCUGUAGGGGUCUCCCAGUGACCAUGGAAUAGAGCUGGGGGUGGGGACGGGCCUUAGGAGGGGAAGGAGGCGCCCAGCAGCUGAGCCCAGCCUGGCAUCCCCGGAGGCUGUGCACCUGCCCACCCUGCCUUCCUAUCAGGCCUCCCCAGGGACUACGUGGAAUUGUUUGCAAAGGGCUUUGCCACAUAAAAAGUGAGUAUUUCUUUACACGA